UGUGGGGAAAUUACCGGUAAUUGCGCAAGCACGGAUAAUUUCAAGACACCAUAGUGGUUCAACUCGAUGACAGGUACUCGACACUCCAUUGGCACAACAUGAUGCCGUAGAUACUCAUCACCUUGCCAAGGUUUGCUGACACGAUGAAGUCACUACCCAGACUGACGAAAGCUGUGAGAGUGUUUGCCUCUGUGACUGCUGGUGACGAAACUCCAGAUGGAGGGGAGAUUAGUCUUGCACAGAAACGCAUUUAUCAAUCACGUCGGAAAACAAAGCAAGGUUUGACUUGGAUAGAGUUUGGUGAAGCGAUUAUAAAUCAUACCUCAGCAAGCAGAAGUGAGGUCAGAGGAACAUUGCGAAAUAUCAUCCAUCUUGCAAGGAGUUUUGCUGGAGCUGAUGCGAGUCCUGAGGAAGUGUCAGAGACAGCAGUGUGCUUCUGUGAAGUUCUCUAUGAGUCGGAGUCGCUAGGCCAGCUGGAAAUUCAGGCAGUGCGCUCCAAAAUAGGCCCAUGCCAGCGAGAUCUCCUGUUGAAGAUCCAACGGGAGGUCCAAACCCUGGUUUCCCCUGUUCCAGGAGACGUUCUCAUCUCUCUGUUCAGCCCCGCUUCGUCCGACACGGACGAAAAGGCCAAGGAGUUUGGUCACAGCUAUGCGUUCUCGUUUGACGAGAGAGCCAUAGACACGGAUAACUUCUUGAGCACCGAAACCGAGACCAGUCCCGCGUCCCCAGCCCUGAACCUCCAGUUCAACCUGAACAAUGCUGCCGUGUCCCGUGCCGCUAGUGAACCCACUCCCAAGGAUGGGGGUGCGACCAAAGCUGCGCAGCCUGAUGCCCAGAUGGAGUGGCUUGAGAAGGAGGUGAAGAAGUCCGUAGGAAGCGGAGGUCAUAACGCAAUGGGUCUGACUGUGGAUGCAUUGUGUAGCAAGCUUCUGGUGGAAUUGACCUCUGGCAAGUCCAACGAUGAACUCCAGACAGAUUUGUUCGACCUGUUAGGGUUUGAUUGUUUUGAGCUCAUUCAGCAACUUCUUGCCAAAAGGACAGACAUCGUUGCAGCAGCCACGCAGGCUAGCAUGGCCAGAAUAGCUGCAGAGAGUCGCAAAGAGAGGCUUAGCAAUCAGAAGCCUUCAUACGCCACACAGGUCACCGUCCAGUCGGAGAGGGAGAAAGAACUGGAGAAGGCUCUCAGAAAAGAAGAGAAGAAACUUCUAAAGAAAGAAGCCAAAGCUUCUGCAGGAGGGGAAGAAGGAGCAGGGAACGAACAAAUCUUGGAUCCCCAGUACCUGAAGGCUCAGAGAGAGAAAGCCUUGAAGAAUGCCAAACGUACACCCCUCUUCACCUCUACGUUGGGGUUAGAACGGACGACUGGAGCUCCCAAAGAAAUCUUCCCGAACGUCUACGACUCUCUUGCUGCGGCUCAGAUGUCCUCUUCGUUCAUUGCAGGAGCUAAGAUGAUGUUGCCGAUCGGCUUCCAGAAGUCCGCCACCAAGCUUUAUGAGGAAGUGAUCAUACCCCCAGCAGACCGAGCCCCUGUCAGUGUGGGAAAGAAUCUUGUACCAAUAUCCCAACUUGAUGAAAUUGGGCGGGUGGCAUUCAAGGGGAUGAAGAGCUUGAACCGUAUCCAGUCGGUCGUCUUUGAGACAGCAUACAACACCAACGAGAACCUGUUGAUCUGUGCCCCUACGGGAGCGGGGAAAACAAACAUCGCCAUGCUGACCAUCCUCCAAGAGGUCAAGAAACACAUUCAACAAGGGGUCAUCAAGAAAGAUGAAUUCAAGAUUGUUUAUGUAGCUCCCAUGAAGGCUCUUGCAGCUGAGAUGGUAAGGAACUUUGGCACACGCCUGGCCCCGCUCGGUCUGUCUGUGAAAGAGCUCACUGGAGACAUGCAGCUCACCAAGAAUGAAAUCAUGAAAACACAGAUGUUGGUGACAACUCCAGAGAAGUGGGACGUGGUCACACGAAAGAGCACCGGCGAUGUGGCCCUCACACAGCUGGUCAAGCUCCUCAUCAUCGACGAGGUCCAUCUUCUCCACGAUGACCGAGGGGCGGUCAUCGAAAGCCUUGUUGCCCGCACCUUAAGACAGGUUGAGUCCUCCCAGAGCAUGAUACGCAUCGUGGGUCUCUCCGCCACUCUCCCCAACUACGUGGACGUGGCUCGCUUCCUGAACGUCAACCCGUACAUUGGACUGUUCUUCUUCGACACCCGAUUCAGGCCUGUUCCCCUGGGCCAGACCUUCAUCGGGAUCAAGACGCCGAACAUCAUGCAGCAGAGGAGGGAUAUGGACUUUGUCUGCUAUGAGAAGGUCAGGGAGCUAGUGGACCGAGGCCACCAGGUAAUGGUGUUUGUGCAUGCGAGGAAUGCUACGGUCCAGACCGCUAUGUAUCUGCGUGAGACGGCUAAGGGUAAUGGAGAGAUCGCCAUGUUCCAAGCUCAGCAAUCGCCGGAGUAUGGAUCUGCUCUCAAACAGGUGAUGAAAUCACGGAACAAGCAGCUGCGUGAGCUGUUCCCCGACGGUUUCUCCAUCCAUCAUGCAGGAAUGCUGAGACAGGAUAGGAACCUGGUCGAGAGGUAUUUUGCUGCCGGUCAUCUGAAGGCCUUGGUCUGUACCGCCACCCUGGCCUGGGGUGUCAAUCUUCCUGCGCAUGCUGUGGUUAUCAAGGGCACUCAACUCUACGACGCAAACAAAGGAGCCUUCAAGGACCUCGGGAUACUGGACGUCCUUCAGAUCUUUGGACGUGCAGGGCGCCCUCAAUAUGAUAGCUUUGGAGAGGGUUUCAUCAUCACGACACACGAGAAACUCAAUCACUACUUGAGCCUGAUCACCAGACAGAAUGCCAUUGAGAGUCAGUUCAUCAGCAGUUUAGCAGAUAAUCUCAAUGCAGAGAUUGCUCUUGGAACAGUGAGCAAUGUGGACGAGGCUGUACGUUGGCUGAGCUACACUUACCUGUACGUGAGAAUGCACCUCAACCCAAUGGCCUAUGGCCUUAUGUACAAAGACACACAGAGUGACCCAGGCCUUGCCAAGUUUCGUAACGACCUGAUCAUCACAGCUGCCCGUAGUCUGGACAAGGCCAAGAUGAUCCGGUUUGUGGAGCACACCGGCGACCUCCAUUCGACGGACCUCGGACGGGUCGCAAGCCACUUUUACAUCAAGCACGCCACCAUCGAGAAGUUUAACGAGAUGAUGAAAUCGGUCAUGAGCGAGGCCGAGGUGUUCUCCAUGGUCUCGCAGGCGCAAGAGUUUGAGCAAAUCAAGGUUCGUGAGGAUGAGAUGAGAGAACUCCAGGACCACCUUGAAGACGACUGUGAGAUGCCCGCUGCCGGUGGGGUAGAGAACGCUCAUGGUAAGGUCAAUAUCCUCCUCCAAACCUUCAUCUCCAGAGGCAACGUGGAUAGCUUCUCCCUCGUCUCGGAUUCGGCAUAUGUUGCUCAGAAUGCGGCACGUAUCAUCCGAGCCCUGUUUGAGAUCACCCUCCGAACCGGUUGGCCCCUGAUGGCUGCAAACCUUCUGAUGCUGUCCAAGUCCAUCGACAGACGCCUCUGGGCUUGGGAGAACCCUCUUAGACAGUUCUCCGUCCUAUCCUUUGAGAUACUACGCAAGCUGGAAGCCAAGAAGCUCUCCGUCGAUAAGCUCAGGGAGAUGGACUCGAAGGAAAUAGGUUUGAUGGUCCACCAUGUCAGCAUGGGCCCCAAGAUCAAGGGGUGUGCCCACCAGCUACCGGCCAUCAAACUCGAUGCCUCCAUCCAGCCAAUCACGCGCACCGUGCUAAGGGUGCGUCUGACCAUCACGCCGGACUUCACCUGGAACGACCGGGUCCACGGCACCGGGUCCGAAUCCUGGUGGAUCUGGGUGGAGGACCCCGAGAACAACCACAUCUACCAUUCGGAGUACUUUCUCCUGCAGAAGAAACAGGUUUUAAGUGGAGAGGACCAAUCUCUGGUGUUCACAAUCCCAAUCUUUGAGCCUUUACCGUCCCAGUACUACGUGAAGGCUGUAUCGGAUCGAUGGCUCGGAUCGGAGACCAUCUGUCCAAUCUCAUUCCAGCAUCUGAUCCUACCCGAAAGACAUCCACCGCACACGGAAUUGUUGGACCUUGUACCCCUCCCAAAGACGGCCCUCAAGAAUGCACAAUAUCAGAUGCUACAGAAAUUUGACUACUUCAACCCUAUCCAGACGCAGAUAUUUCAUACCCUAUACCACACGGACCAUAACGUGUUGCUGGGUGCCCCCACUGGCUCCGGGAAGACUGUAGCAGCUGAGAUAGCCAUGUUCAGAGUAUUCAACGAACAACCAAAGACAAAGGUUGUAUACAUAGCGCCCCUGAAGGCUCUGGUACGAGAGAGAAUCCAGGACUGGAAAGUCAGACUGGAGGAGAAACUGGGAAAGAGGGUGGUGGAGCUUACGGGUGAUGUGACGCCAGAUGUCAAUGCCAUCGCCAGGGCAGACGUGAUCGUGACGACCCCAGAGAAGUGGGAUGGAGUGAGUCGUAGUUGGCAGAAUAGGAACUAUGUCAAGGCAGUCUCGCUGCUAGUCAUUGAUGAGAUACAUCUGCUUGGUGAUGAGAGAGGGCCAGUUCUUGAAGUCAUCGUUUCCAGGACGAACUUCAUCUCGCACCAUACCGAGCGGAAGGUGCGAGUGAUAGGCCUGUCCACCGCCCUGGCUAAUGCCAGAGACCUGGCCGAUUGGUUGGGCAUCAAGGAGGUGGGGCUUUUCAACUUUCGUCCGUCUGUACGACCUGUUCCUCUUGAAGUCCAUAUCAGCGGCUUUCCAGGAAAACACUACUGCCCGCGUAUGGCCACCAUGAACAAACCAACAUUCCAAGCCAUCAAAGUGCAUUCCCCGACCAAACCGACUCUGAUCUUUGUAUCCUCUCGGAGACAGACCAGGCUGACUGCACUAGAUCUGAUAUCCUAUCUAGCCGGAGACGACAAUCCCAAGCAAUGGAUGCACAUGGAAGAACGACAGAUGGAUCACAUUAUAGAGUCGGUGAAGGAUAGUAAUCUACGCUUGACAUUGUCCUUUGGUAUCGGAAUGCAUCAUGCCGGAUUACAUGAGAGAGAUAGGAAAACGGUGGAGGAACUCUUCUGUAACCAGAGGAUACAGGUUUUGAUAGCAACUAGCACCCUAGCCUGGGGAGUCAAUUUUCCUGCCCAUCUGGUAGUAAUCAAAGGCACAGAGUACUUUGAUGGCAAGACAAAGAGAUAUGCUGACUUUCCAAUCACAGAUGUUCUUCAGAUGAUGGGACGAGCAGGGCGCCCUCAGUAUGACGACCAAGGAACAGCCGUCAUCUUGGUGCACGAUAUCAAGAAGCACUUCUACAAGAAGUUUCUUUACGAGCCUUUCCCCGUAGAGUCUAAUCUCUUGGAGGUACUGCCUGAGCAUCUGAAUGCAGAGAUCGUAGCAGGAACGGUGACCUCCAAACAGGAUGCGAUGGACUACAUCACGUGGACUUACUUCUUCAGAAGGCUCGUCAUGAACCCAAGUUACUAUGAACUGGAGGACACUUCUCAUGAAGGCAUCAAUAAGUUCUUAUCUGGGCUGGUGGAGAAAUCUCUCUUGGAUCUUGCCUACUCCUACUGUAUAGAGAUUGGGGAUGACAAUCGUUCCCUUGAGCCCCAGACGUUGGGCAGGAUUUCAUCCUACUACUACCUCCACCAUAGGACUGUCCGUAUGUUCCAAGACAGCCUGGGACCAGAAUGUUCCUUACCUGACCUGCUCACAAUACUAUCAGAUGCCCACGAGUAUGAAGGUCUUCCUGUGAGGCACAAUGAGGAUUCACUCAACAGCAAUCUGGCAGAAGGUCUUCCUUUGGAGGUCAACCGGCAUUCCUUCGAUAGUCCUCACACCAAGACACACCUCCUGCUCCAGGCCCACAUGUCAAGAGCUCAGCUGCCAUGCAGUGAUUACUUCACUGAUACCAAGUCGGUCCUGGACCAAGCCAUUAGGGUGCUUCAGGCGAUGAUUGAUGUGGUGUCCUUCAACGGUUGGUUGGUGACGGCCCUUCAGACCAUGCAUCUCGUACAGAGUAUCAUCCAGGCAAGGUGGUUCGAUGAUUCCCCUCUUCUCACCUUACCUCACAUAGAGCAGUCACAUCUACCACUCUUUAGGACGAGGGCAGGUUUGAUUGAAGGCCUUCCAGAGUUGAUGGAUACCUGUUCCAACAAACAGUCCCUCAGGUCGAUGCUCAAGAAUAAGUUCAACGAUCGUCAGAUUGAUGAGAUAUGGACAACAGUUCAGAAGCUUCCUGUGAUAGAGCUUGGUCUAUCAAUGAAUGGAUGGUGGGUGGAUGGGGGCCAACAGGAAAGCAAACACCUACCAACGACGUUUAUACAUGGUCGGGCAAGAGAUAGUGACUUCAUCCAGUGCCAUGCUGAUCAACAGUAUGUCCUGCAGGUGGAACUCAGGAGACCCAAUAGAGGAAAGGAUAGCAAAGCCCAUUCCCCACGAUUCCCCAAGCCCAAGGAUGAGGGUUGGUGGUUGGUCUUGGGAGACGUUGAUAACAAGGAUCUACUAGCCAUGAAGCGGUUAGGGUUUGUCCGAGGACGAUCGGUGGUUCAACUCUCCUUCUACACACCAGAGAGAUUAGGUCGCGUUAUCUACAGCUUAUACCUGAUGAGCGAUUGCUACAUCGGAAUAGAUCAGCAGUACAGUGUAUGUCUAGAUGUGAUAGAAGCCAACAUUGAGACGCAACUCAACACAGAGAUCAACCCUGAUGAGCUGGACUCAGACCUGGAGCUAGAACUGGAGGCAGAACUUGAUGGACUAGACCUGGAUCAGUGAUCUCUAUCUUGUUGUUUUGGUCUUGUUCCUAUCAUGUCAACACAGAGAUCAAUCUUAAUGAGGUGGACUUGGACCUAAUGUCAGAGCUGGAAGUGGAACUUAAUGUUGAUUAUAUCUGGAUCACUGAUCUCUUAUUUUGUGGCCCUGGUCUUGUCUUGUUCAUGUCACGCAACUCAACACUAAGAUCAACCCUGAGGAGCUGGACUCGAACAUAGAGCUAGAGCAGGAAGCAGAACUGAAUGGUCCAGAUCUCUAUCUUGUGGACUUAACCCUGGUCUUGUUUGCAGGGGUCAUCUGCCAUCCAUGCAUGUACCUCAUCACCAAGCAACUGCUUCAUCGGUAAGGACCGCCAGAGCAGGGUAUGUUUGGACACAAAGGCCAACAAGACACAACUGAAUACAGAGCUCAACCCUGACGAACUGGACUCGACUUGAACCUAGAAGCAGAACUGCUUCAGGACUUAAAUACAGACCAAGAUCUUGAUCAGUGAUGGCCUACCCCUGGUCUUGGUCAUUCUCAAUCAUUCUUUUAUCGUUUAUGUGCCUUUUCUAGAAAUGAACAAAGAUUAUUAUAGAAAUCAUGUAUUUCUGAUCAGCUCAUCUGGGAUGAUAAAGAAUUCAAUACAUUAUUGCAUAAUUAGCCGACAGUUCGUAUGAAACAGCCUCUGUGGGUAGUAAGUUUUAAUUGAGAAAUAAUGUACCAAAUUAUUUUCUUUAGGUUUUUAUUAAUAAAUGGCAAUGUAUACAACAUGUCAGAUAUUAGGCAGUUAAGGGAUUAGGGAAAAAUUAUACAACAAGAAAUCUAUUGUCAACAGCCCUUCAUGACAUAGCAGUUUUUGUCAAAAUCAAUGAAUCCAAAGAGCAGUUUUUUCAGCUCAAAAUCUCACAAUAAUCUGCUGUCCUGGUUCACCAAUUUUGACAAAGACCUCCUCUCAGCUGUUCAUUGUGGUUUAACAUGCAUUUUCAUUGGAUUUUCUAUGUUGUAGAAUCCGUCCCCUCGCAAUCGCAAAAAAUCACUAUUAUCGAGAAUAGAACUCUAACAAGCAAAACAAGGAGAGAAAAAAUAACAAAGUAUGGAAAGAUUCUUUGUAUAGUGAGUAUAAAAAUGUUACCUUCUCUUAUUUACAAAUUUACUUUAUACACAAUAAGAUGGAUACACAAAUUUUAUGAAAGUCAUCUCCAUUGGUUUUACAUGCAAUCAGGAGGGCAUCUUUGGUAUUCCAUUGCUCUUUUGGCUACAUGUAAGUAAUAAUAAUAAUAUAGGUAUAUUUACCCAGGGAAGCCACUUAAGUUAUGAAAAAUGUUUCCCAGCCGGCCCUGCUAUUGUUAUUAUUUCUAUUUAUUAUCCUGCUAUUAUUGCUUGAUCUAAGCCAGUCGCCUACCUGGCUUAACCCUAAAAAGACUGGGGGGGGGGGCUGAUUCAGCCCCCCCCCCUCGACAUUUUUCGCGAUAAAUCUGUAAUGCGAAAAGCUGGCGCCGCGCCGUUCCAUGACUUUUUUCUUUCAAGUCUUGCGCAACUUUUGAGACCAAAUUUGCGACCCCCGGGUACGUGGUUCCGAAAUUACGCAACAUUUCGUAAGUACAUGUCGACCCAAAAUUGCUAAAAAAACGUGAAUUUGUGUACAAAUCCAAUGCAAAUUGUGUUUUCAGCCAAAAUUCAUAAAUGUAUCAUUAUUUUCAAUUUUACUAAUCAAACUAAAUUAAUUUCAUCUUGUUUAUGGUCAGAAUAAAGUCACGGAUGAUUUUCAUUG